UUCGAGCGAGCGUCCAUGCUGGUGAUCCUGCUGAACUGCGUGACACUGGGCAUGUUUCAUCCCUGUGAGGACAUCGACUGCGACUCCGAGAGGUGCAAGAUCCUGCAGGACUUUGAUGACUUCAUCUUUGCGUUCUUUGCCAUUGAGAUGGUGAUCAAGAUGGUGGCUCUGGGGAUUUUUGGCAAGAAGUGUUACCUUGGAGACACGUGGAACCGCUUGGACUUCUUCAUAGUUGUGGCUGGGAUGUUGGAGUACUCACUCAACCUGCAGAAUGUCAGUUUUUCUGCAGUGAGGACGGUCCGUGUGCUGAGACCUUUGAGAGCCAUCAACAGAGUGCCUAGUAUGCGUAUCCUGGUGACUCUGCUGCUGGACACACUUCCCAUGCUGGGCAACGUUCUGCUGCUCUGCUUCUUUGUCUUCUUCAUAUUUGGCAUUGUUGGCGUCCAGCUGUGGGCAGGCCUUCUAAGAAACCGCUGCUUUGUCGAAGACAACUUCUCCUUCCCUCUUUCUGUGCAGUUGGAAAAAUACUACCACACUGAAAAUGAUGACGAGAACCCAUUCAUCUGCUCCCAGCCCCGGGAAAAUGGCAUGAGGGACUGUGGCUCAGUGCCCAAGCUGUAUGAGGAGGGAGUCCUACAGUGCAACCUUGACAUGUACUCUUACAACAGCACUGACAACACUACAUGUGUCAACUGGAACCAGUACUACACCAACUGCUCCGCUGGUUUGGUCAACCCCUUCAAGGGAGCCAUCAACUUCGAUAACAUCUGCUACGCCUGGAUUGCCAUCUUUCAGGUGAUCACUCUUGAGGGCUGGGUAGACAUUAUGUACUUCGUGAUGGAUGCUCACUCGUUCUACAACUUCAUCUACUUCAUCCUGCUCAUCAUCAUUGGCUCAUUCUUCAUGAUCAACUUGUGCCUAGUCGUCAUUGCAACCCAGUUCUCGGAGACCAAACAGAGGGAGAGUCAGCUGAUGAAGGAGCAGAGGGUGCGCUUCAUGUCCAACGCCAGCACCCUUGCCUCCCUCUCUGAGCCGGGCUCCUGUUACGAUGAACUCCUCAAGUACCUGGUUCACAUCAUUCGCAAGGGGGCCAAACAAGUGGCCCAUGUCUGCAGAUUCUUAGCUCGCCGUGCGGGGCUCAACAUCCCCGCCACACCCCCGCCAGCGGAGCCCCAACGAAGCCAGAGAAGGAGGAGGAAGUCAUCGAGGCAGGGAUCCCUGACGGCACAUCACAUGGUGCACCAUCAUCACCACCACCACCAUCACUACCACUUGAGGAAUGGCAGCGUGAGGAGCAGAGGGAGCAUCAGGUGUCUGGAGGGUAGAGAUUUAGAGGUUGGCGCUCAUAGCAACAAUGGAGGGGCUCUUGCAGCGACUACCAGCACAGGGCAUCUUGCUUUGGCCUUGCCGUCUUCUGUGGCUGCAGCAACCUCUGAUACAAACCUGUCCACUUUGUCCAAUCCUGCUGCCGGAGCUGCUGAUUCUUCAGUGGUUCGCAGUGUGCUCAACAUAGAAACUCUUCGUUGUACUCCCUCUCCAUCAAACCUGGGGACAUCCCUGGGCCCCUUCUCCUUGGCCCCAGCUCCCAUGUCCAGGAAUAUGAAGAGAAAUUCUGUGCCCUUUGCUGGCCCAGGUCCUAAGAACUACCCCACUCUGCAGGCUCGGGCUCUGGCAGAGUCUAGACGAGGGAGUGUUGCAGGCAGCACUCUGACCAAUUUCAGCUUCAACCUGAAUAUCCCACCCAUGCCCCUGGAGAGACGCCCAUCAAGCCUGGUGGAAACACACACUCCCACAGCCCAGCUUUCCUGCCAGCUGUCGGCUCGUGACCUCAGCACCAUCAGCAGUGCCAUGGACACAGCUGCUUUGACAUUGGACCCCGAGAGCUGCCCUUACUGCGCCAAAGCCCUCGCCAACGAUUCGGAGGGUGGCACCGAGGGCAACGAGACCCCCGGGGACUCAGACAGUGAGGGCCUGUACGAGUUCACCCAGGAUCUCCACCACAGGGACAGGAGAGACAGCCGGCAGCCCAAAAAGAAGCGCCUGAGGCUGGGCAAAACGGCGGCCAAGGUUGUUCGCUUUUGGAGGCUGGUUUGCGACACGUUCAGGAAGAUUGUGGAUAGCAAAUACUUUGGACGAGGGAUUAUGAUUGCCAUUCUGAUCAACACGCUAAGCAUGGGGAUCGAGUACCAUGAGCAGCCUGACGAGUUGACCAAUGCCUUGGAGAUCAGUAACAUUGUGUUCACCAGCCUGUUCGCUCUGGAGAUGCUACUGAAGGUUCUGGUCUACGGACCCUUUGGCUACAUCAAGAAUCCCUACAACAUCUUUGACGGUAUCAUCGUGGUCAUCAGUGUUUGGGAGAUUGUGGGUCAGCAGGGUGGUGGUCUUUCAGUGCUGAGGACCUUCCGGCUGAUGCGGGUGCUGAAGCUGGUCCGUUUCAUGCCCGCCCUGCAGAGGCAGCUGGUGGUGCUGAUGAAGACCAUGGACAACGUGGCCACCUUCUGCAUGCUGCUCAUGCUCUUUAUUUUCAUCUUCAGUAUCCUCGGGAUGCAUCUGUUUGGAUGUAAGUUUGGGUCUGAGAGGGAUGGAGACACUCUACCAGACAGGAAAAACUUUGAUUCUCUUCUCUGGGCCAUAGUGACUGUCUUCCAGAUUCUAACACAGGAGGACUGGAACAAGGUACUUUACAAUGGCAUGGCGUCCACCUCCCCCGUGGCCGCCCUCUACUUCAUUGCGCUCAUGACCUUCGGCAACUAUGUCCUCUUCAACUUGCUGGUGGCCAUCUUGGUUGAAGGUUUCCAGACAGAGGAAGUGACCAAGCGGGAGGACUUGCAUGUCCAGCCGAGCCUGAUUCAGCUGCCUGUAGAGUCAGGGGGGGAUGCUUCUAAAUCAGGUUCUGAGAUUGAUUCCUGUGCACGAAGUAUGGAGGAUGUUAACGGCAGCAAGAAGGAUUUAUCAGCGUCUGCAGUAGUGCCAGUAAACGGUCAUGUGGACCUGAAGACCAGCCUGACUCCACCUUUAAUUACCCACACGGCUGCCACACCAAUGCCCAUACCCAAGUUGCCUGUCGGCGGUGAACCCGCCGUGGGCUUCGAUUCCCGCCGAGGGAGCAACAUCUCCGUAGACCCAGCGAGCUAUGAAAGAUCUCCGACCAGUGCCCGAAGCGCCUCCCCCUAUGCCCUAUGGAGUUCUGGCAGCGGCAGGACCAGUCGCCGGUCCAGCUGGAACAGCCUGAGUCGUGCCCCUUCACUCAAACGACAGAAGCGGCAGUCGGGGGAGCGGCGAUCCCUCCUCUCUGGGGAGGGUGGCUCCAGCUCGGAGGAAGGGGAAGGUGGAGGAGAAGAAGGAGGAGGAGGAGGUGGGUUGAUGGAUGAAGAUGAUGCCUCUCUGACCAGGACGGACUCCCUGUCCCAGUCACAGAGAGGACCCCGACAUCGGAGGAUGGAGUCAGUGGAGACUCGGAGCUCCAUGGAAUUGCCUCCUGAUGCUCUGCUGCAGGUGCCAUACCUGUACCGCUCAGCCAGCAUGCACAGCUCCAGACCCCCCUCACUGGGCCACUUGCUGCCCCCGGAGCAUCGCGACUGCAAUGGGAAGGGCUCUCCAUCAGUCCUGGGCCCCACUCAUGUCUCUCUGGAGGACAACACUGAGGAAGAGAAUGCAGAGGAGGAGGCCAACGUGGGUCGUGUUGCCAGAAUGUUUCACUGGCUGGAGAAGAAACAGCCGGAGUGGUGUCGACAGAGGGACACCUGGUCCCUCUACCUCUUCCCUCCAGAGUUGAGGUUUCGGAUCGUGUGCAAUAAGAUCAUCAACCACAAGAUGUUCGACCACAUUGUGCUGAUCAUCAUCUUCCUAAACUGCAUCACGAUCGCCAUGGAGCGGCCUCACAUCGAGUCCGGCAGUGCUGAGCGGAUCUUCCUCACAUUGUCCAACUACAUUUUCACCGCAAUCUUUGUGGCCGAGAUGACUAUUAAGAUUGUAGCUUUGGGCUGGUGUUUCGGGGACAAGUCCUACCUGAGGAGCAGCUGGAACAUUCUGGAUGGGAUGUUGGUGAUGAUUUCCGUUAUUGACAUCCUGGUGUCUCUCAUCUCCAACUCUGGUACCAAGAUCCUGGGCAUGCUCAGAGUGCUGAGGCUCCUAAGGACCCUGAGGCCACUACGUGUGAUUAGCAGAGCCCCAGGGCUGAAGCUGGUGGUCGAGACCCUGAUGUCAUCACUGAAGCCCAUCGGUAACAUUGUGGUCAUCUGCUGCGCCUUCUUCAUUAUCUUUGGCAUCCUGGGAGUACAGCUCUUCAAGGGGAAAUUCUUUGUUUGUCAAGGGGAAGAUGUGGGGAACAUAACCAACAAGUCAGACUGCUUACUCAACAGCCAUAGAUGGGUCAGACACAAGUACAACUUUGACAACCUCGGACAGGCCUUGAUGUCUCUGUUUGUUUUGGCAUCGAAAGAUGGCUGGGUGGAUAUCAUGUAUGACGGUCUAGAUGCUGUAGGAGUUGACCAGCAGCCGAUAAUGAACUACAACCCGUGGAUGCUGCUCUACUUCAUCUCCUUCCUGCUGAUUGUGGCUUUCUUCGUACUCAACAUGUUCGUCGGUGUUGUGGUGGAGAACUUCCACAAGUGCCGGCGCCACCAGGAGGCCGAGGAAGCCAAGCGCAGGGAGGAGAAGAGACUGAAACGCAUGGAGAAAAAGAGAAGGAAUUUAUUGGUUCCGGGGGUGAGUUGGGCCCUUUCUGAAGGCACAUUGAAAGAAGCUCAGAGUAAACCCUACUACUCAGAUUACUCCCCCACCCGCCUGCUCAUCCACAAGAUGUGCACCAGCCACUACCUGGACCUGUUUAUCACUAUCGUCAUUGGCCUCAACGUCAUCACCAUGUCCAUGGAGCACUACCAGCAGCCCAAGGAGUUGGAUGAGGCGUUGAAGAUCUGUAAUUACAUCUUCACCCUCAUCUUUGUUCUGGAGUCUGUCUUCAAGCUGGUGGCUUUCGGCUUCCGGCGCUUCUUCAAGGACAAGUGGAACCAGCUGGAUCUGGCCAUAGUGCUGCUGUCCAUCAUGGGCAUCACUCUGGAGGAGAUUGAGGUCAACGCUUCUCUGCCCAUCAACCCCACCAUCAUCCGCAUCAUGAGAGUGUUGAGGAUUGCACGUGUACUGAAGCUCUUGAAGAUGGCUGUCGGGAUGAGAGCUUUGCUCGACACCGUUAUGCAAGCCCUGCCCCAGGUGGGGAAUCUGGGUCUUCUCUUCAUGCUUCUGUUCUUUAUCUUCGCAGCACUGGGAGUGGAGCUGUUUGGUGACUUGAUUUGUGAUGAGCUUCACCCAUGUGAAGGUUUAGGGCGCUAUGCUACAUUCAAAAACUUUGGGAUGGCAUUUCUGCUGCUCUUCAGGGUUUCCACUGGAGACAACUGGAAUGGCAUAAUGAAGGACACGUUGAGAGACUGUGCAAACGAAUCCGGUACCUGCUACAACACUGUGGUCUCUCCUCUCUACUUUGUCUCCUUCGUUUUGACUGCUCAAUUCGUCCUGGUGAACGUCGUCAUCGCUGUCCUGAUGAAGCACCUGGAGGAGAGCAACAAGGAAGCCAAGGAAGAGGCCGAGCUGGAGGCCGAGCUGGAGCUGGAGAACAGGCUCGCGAUGGACGCGGGAGACGCGAUGAUGAGGUCGCCCCAGCUUAACCCUCUGGCACUGGGCAUGGACAGGUCCAGUUCUGGGGGUUCCCCCUCGAGGUCCACAGGAGGAGGGGACAGGGAGCAGGACAGGGAUGGUCCCAUGGACUCACCCACUGCUAAUAUACCCAGAGACCCAAUAAACAUUACAGCAGAUUCCCCUGAGUGCCUAGAGCACCAACCAGAGUUUGUCCAACGGAGGGCGCUGUUUGACUCGAUUUCCCUGGUCAUCCAGGGUUCAAUGGAGGGAGAGUUGAGUUUGAUGGACAACCUGUCCGGCUCAAUCUGCCACUACUACGCACUGCCCCCCAUGCCGAGCAAGCACAGCACCGACAAGAAGAUCCCUCUAGCGGAGAUGGAAGCUCUGUCUCUGGCCUCUGAGAAAUCGUGGUCCCUAGCUCUGACAGACGACUCGGCCCCCGAUGAUUUUAACCCCUUCUUUCUAACCAGUCUGGAAUGCAAUUCAGAGCAGCUUGAUCCUGGGGAGUCACUGGAAGGCAACCUGCUGAGUGUCAAGAAGCCAACAGUGGGUCGCACGCACUCCCUGCCCAACGACAGCUACAUGUAUUUCCCCCCGCAGUCAAAUCUGGCUCCAGCACAAGGACAAGGACAGACACCGGGGCCCCAGCACAUACUGGGCACUAAUAGGGCCCAAGGAGGCUCCAGUGUCUCAGUACGUUCGCAACCUGAAGAGUCCUCCCAGCAGCUGACUGUUCCCAGAGACUUUUUCCGACCCAUCAGCCCUCACAGCCACUCGGACUCGGAAAGUAUACCACGAUUACCCCCUCCCAGGCGCACACACACACUCAGCCGGACCCUCCGUAGACAGGUCGCAGUGUCUACUGAUUCUCAGGAGGCCCUGUGUUCAGAAGACAGAGGGGAGAGCAUAGAAGGACUUGUGAAUGUGGCUUCUCUAGGUCUCCCUCCAUCCCCCUCCACCACCUCCUCCUCCUCCUCCUCCUCCUCCUCCACCUCCCCUUCACCCUGCUCCAAUCAUCAUCAGCAGCCUGCGCUCUGCCUGGUCCCAGCCACACCUGGUGCCUCCCCUAAACCCUCGCGCCCCAGCAGUGUGCACAUCCAGCUUCACGACCAACACUGCCUCGCCUCCUACUCUGGGUCCUCCUCCUCGAUUCCUCCACCUUUACCAGCCAGGCUGCACCAACAGGAGGAGGCCUCUGUGGAUCAGGAAGUGUCGCUCAUCACCUGUGCUGGUUUUGCUGGCAGUGAUGACGUCAUGGCAGAGGACAGUGGCGAUGGCAGUAAUGAGGGUUACAGUGACUACCCAGGCCACCAGGAGAGUCAGACUCCAUGUUUGAGGCAGCUGAAGAGAUUCCAUAGUGUUGACACACAUGGCCGCAGCUCCCUCUUGCCCCAGCCCCGCCCUUACUCCUGGUUGGACGACCCGCGACGCCACUCUGUAGAAGUCUGCUCCUCAGUGGAGUCCAGCCCCCAACGCAGCACCACCUCCACCUCCUCUGGCUUUGUGUCGCGGGCCGACAGCCUUCAGAUCCACAGCCAGACCCCGACCCAGACCUCACUGCUCUCACCACGUCGCAAGAAGAAGAUGAGCCCACCCUGCAUCUCUGUGGACCCCCCUGAAGGACUAGAGCCUCAUUCUGGCCUUUACCCCAGCCUUGGUGGACUAGGGGGGAUGGGGCUGGGAGGAUUAGGGAUGCCUCCUCCUCUGCCCAGCCGGGACAGCUGCCUGAGGAGGAGAGCACCCUCUAGUGAAUCCAAGGACUCCUUUGACCUGGGAGUUGGAGAGGGAUCGGGACAGGAUGGAGUCUCGCCAACCCCCAACACCAACCCCAAGCUAUUGACUCUUCCCAGUUUCUCCUUUGAAAAGACGAGCUCUGAGCACUGAACAAGCAUAGUCAAACACACAAACACAAACAAACACACACACAUAUACUGACACACACAGCUGGACGAAGCCUCCACACACACAAACACACGAUGCACUCUGUGUAUCUGUGAUGGUGAUAGUUCUAGUAAUAAUGCUGUAGAGAGUAAUAAUGGUAAACUACAAAGAAACAGUUAAAACAUCCUUUGUUUCAUAAGGACUGAAGUACUGUAGUAGUGUGACCAUCCCUUGUCUUUGUAUUGUUACUGCCAAAACAACCAGAGAAGAAGAUACACGAAACAACAAAAAACAUGACUGUUUCUCUUCUGCUAUGCCUGCAUGCCACUGGCUGCAGCUUCACCCAGAACUUCUGGAGUGACAUCGGCACCUGGGAUCUGGCGCCCUCUGUGGCUGCUAUCUGAACUGCCUGGUGUUGCACAGGGUGGGCUUUGCCCGGUCAGUGGAGGUACAAAGCAAUAUGAACGUUUUAGAGACACUAUUUUCUUAAAUUAUUGGGCCAUAGUGUUUGUACAGAAUGUGUUUUUUUUUUUUAAUUUCACUCAGUAGUUAUCUUUUCGUCUUUCUUUGUGAUUUUCUUUUCAUUUGUUGUCAAAUUGUUUGUCCUUGUUCUUUUUUUUUUCACUGUAGGAUAUUUCUAGCUUUCUUGGUUUACUGAGGAACGUGAACGUUUUUCAAAGUGCUGAAAACUAUGUAUUUGUAGGAAUAAUAUAUAAAUAUAUAUAUAAAAAUCAAGUCAUUAAACUGAGCUUGGAUUUUUAAGCACACUCA